AGAGGGAGCGAGGAAGGAGAGUUCACUUUGGCUCCGGUGUCAGCGCGCGGCGGCUGCACGGGCGCCGACGAGGGAGCAGCGAGGGAGCCGGUCGCCCAUCCCGGGACGGCUCGGGGAGGGCAGCGAGAAGCCGGAUACGAGCGCGCCGGCGGGGCGCGGAGCCGGCGAGCCUGGCGAGCGAGGGAAGCCGCGGGGGGCGCGCCCGGGGCGGGCCCCCGGAGGCGCGCAGGAUGCCCCACGAGGAGCUGCCGUCCUUGCAGAGACCCCGCUAUGGCUCUAUUGUGGAUGACGAAAGGCUCUCUGCAGAGGAGAUGGAUGAGAGGCGGCGGCAGAACAUCGCUUAUGAAUAUUUGUGCCACCUAGAGGAAGCCAAAAGGUGGAUGGAAGUCUGCUUAGUUGAAGAAUUGCCACCAACCACUGAGCUGGAGGAAGGGCUCCGGAACGGAGUUUACCUGGCAAAGUUAGCCAAGUUCUUUGCCCCAAAAAUGGUAUCGGAGAAAAAGAUCUAUGAUGUGGAACAAACACGCUAUAAGAAGUCCGGUCUUCAUUUUCGACACACAGAUAAUACCGUCCAGUGGUUAAGAGCCAUGGAGUCUAUUGGUCUACCCAAGAUAUUUUAUCCAGAAACAACAGAUGUCUAUGACCGGAAAAACAUACCAAGAAUGAUCUAUUGUAUUCACGCACUAAGUUUAUAUCUGUUCAAACUAGGAAUAGCACCCCAGAUCCAGGAUUUGUUGGGCAAAGUGGACUUCACAGAGGAGGAAAUCAGUAAUAUGAGAAAGGAACUCGAGAAAUAUGGAAUACAGAUGCCAUCUUUCAGCAAAAUAGGGGGUAUUCUGGCUAACGAACUGUCUGUGGAUGAAGCUGCACUGCAUGCUGCUGUUAUAGCCAUUAAUGAAGCUAUUGAAAAAGGAAUAGCAGAGCAGACCAUUAUAACACUAAGAAACCCAAAUGCAGUUUUAACUUUAGUGGAUGAGAAUCUUGCACAAGAAUAUCAGAAGGAACUCUGGGCAGCCAAAAAGGGAAAAGAAGAAAAUGCAAAACUGAAGAAUAACUGUAUUUCAGAAGAAGAAAGAGAUGCGUAUGAAGAACUGCUGACACAAGCAGAAAUCCAAGGCAAUAUCAAUAAAGUCAACAGGCUGGCUGCAGUGGACCACAUCAAUGCUGUCAUCCAGGAAGGUGACCCCAAGAGCACGCUGCUCGCACUGGAGAGACCAGAGGCCCAGCUGCCUGCUGUUUAUCCCUUUGCAGCUGCGAUGUAUCAGAACGAACUUUUCAACCUUCAGAAACAGAACGCCAUGAACUACUUGGCCCACGAGGAGCUCUUGAUUGCGGUGGAAAUGCUGUCUGCUGUUGCUUUACUAAACCAGGCCUUGGACAGCAAGGACCUGGUAUCUGUGCAGAACCAACUUAGAAGCCCAGCAAUAGGCUUCAACAAUCUGGACGAGACGUAUGUUGGACGUUAUGCAGAUGAACUACUCUCCAUUAAACUGGACGUUUUGUCCCAAGGGCAAGAGACCUUAAGCUGGAAUGAAAUUCAGAAUUGUAUUGAUAUGGUUAAUAUUCAAAUUCAAGAAGAAAAUGACAGAGUUGUGGCUGUAGGGUGUAUCAAUGAAGCUAUAGAUGCAGGAGAUCCUUUAAAGACACUAGAAAGUCUGCAGUUUCCUUCAGUUAAGAUUAGAGAUUUGGACCCAGAGCAUGCCCAGCACUACCAGGAUGUUUUAUACCACGCCAAAUCACAGAAACUGAAGGACCCUGCUUCUAAAAUUCUUUGGCUGGAUGAGAUACAACACGCAGUCUAUGAGGCCAACAGGGACAAGGACAAAGCAAAACAAUGGGUUACACUGGUCGUUGAUGUUAAUCAGUGUUUGGAGAAAGAAAAGAAAAGUGAUAUUUUGUCUGUUUUGAAGUCUUCUAUUGGUAACACAAAUGAUGUAAUCCCCGAAUGUGCUGACAGCUACUAUGAUGCCCUUACGAAGGCAAAAGAGCAAAAAUCGAAAAGUGUGUCUACUGAAGGUCCAUGGCUCAAACUUACCCUGCAGGAGAAAUAUGAUUACUACUACAAUGUCGACUCAAAAGAGAGUUCCUGGGUCACUCCGAAACCUUGCUUGUGUAAAGAAUCAUGGCUCAUGGAAAAAGAAAUUAAGGACAUUGUUGAGGAAGUCACAACAGGUUACAUUCGUGAGAAGAUGUGGUCUGCUCCCGAGGAUUUCCUCCUUCGCCUUCAACACACACGCUCAGGAGCCCUCCUUAGGAAAGAGUUUGAAGCUAGGAAAUCAUUUUUGUAUGAACAAGAAGAGCAUGUGGUCAAAAUACAGGCUUUUUGGAGGGGACAUAGACAACGGAUGUCAUAUGUCAGCAGGCGGCAGACAUUCGCUGAUCAGCUUCCCUCUAUUGUGAAGAUUCAGUCCUGGUUCCGGAUGACCAGAGCACGGAGGAAUUACCUUUCACGGCUGCAGUAUUUCAGAGAUCAUAAUAAUGAAAUCGUGAAAAUACAGUCACUAUUGAGAGCAAGCAAGGCGAGAGAUGACUACAAAACAUUGGUGGGCUCCGAAAACCCACCGUUACCGGUAAUCCGCAAAUUUGUGCACCUAUUGGACCAAAGUGACUUGGAUUUCCAGGAGGAGCUGGAGGUCGCACGGUUGAGGGGAGAAGUGGUGACCAAGAUCAGGGGCAAUCAGCAGCUGGAGAAAGACCUGAACCUGAUGGACAUCAAGAUUGGGCUCCUGGUGAAGAACAGGAUCACCCUGGAGGAUGUGAUUUCACACAGAACGAAGCUGAAUAAGAAAAAAGGUGGAGAAAUGCAAAUACUGAAUAACACUGACAACCAAGGAAUCAAAAGUUUGAGUAAGGAGCGGAGAAAAACACUAGAAACAUAUCAGCAGCUGUUUUAUCUUUUACAGACCAAUCCUUUAUACCUGGCUAAGCUGAUUUUCCAGAUGCCACAGAACAAGUCCACUAAAUUUAUGGAUACUGUUAUUUUCACACUAUACAACUAUGCUUCCAAUCAGCGAGAAGAAUAUCUACUCCUCAAGCUUUUUAAAACCGCUCUGGAAGAAGAAGUAAAAUCAAAGGUGGACCAGGUACAGGACAUCGUUACUGGGAACCCUACAGUCAUCAAGAUGGUCGUCAGCUUCAACAGAGGCGCCCGUGGGCAGAACACGCUGCGCCAGCUCCUGGCUCCAGUGGUGAAGGAGAUCCUGGAUGACAGCUCCCUGGUCAUCAACACGAACCCUGUGGAGGUGUACAAGUCUUGGGUGAACCAACUAGAAACACAGACUGGAGAAGCCAGCAACCUGCCUUACGAUGUGACUGCAGAACAGGCUCUGACUUACCCCGAAGUGAAAAGUAAACUGGAUGCAUCCAAUGAGAGCCUGCGCAGGGUCACCGACAGAGUCCUGAAUUCCAUCAUUUCUUCCCUUGAUCUACUGCCUUAUGGAUUGAGGUAUAUAGCCAAAGUACUGAAGAAUUCAAUCCAUGAGAAAUUUCCCGAUGCAACAGAAGAUGAGCUAUUAAAGAUUGUUGGAAACCUCCUGUACUAUCGGUACAUGAACCCAGCUAUCGUAGCUCCAGACGGCUUUGAUAUCAUCGACAUGACGGCCGGUGGUCAGAUCAAUUCUGACCAGAGGAGAAACUUGGGAACGGUGGCCAAGGUCCUUCAGCAUGCGGCCUCCAACAAGCUGUUUGAAGGAGAAAAUGAGCAUCUCGCAUCUACAAACAAUUAUUUAUCAGAGACGUAUCAGAAGUUCAGGAAAUAUUUCAAAGAAGCAUGUGAUGUCCCCGAGCCAGAAGAAAAGUUUAACAUGGAUAAAUACACAGAUGUGGUGACAGUCAGCAAACCCGUCAUUUAUAUUUCCAUUGAAGAAAUCAUCAACACACAUUCACUCCUGUUGGAACACCAGGAUGCGAUUGCACCUGAAAAAAAUGACUUACUGAAUGAACUGUUGGAAUUGCUGGGAGAAGUACCUACUGUGGAAUCUUUUCUUGGGGAAGGAGCCAUUGAUCCCAAUGACCCUAACAAGGCGAAUACACUAAAUCAGCUCUCAAAGACUGAGAUUUCCCUUUCCUUGACAAGCAAGUACAACUUAGGGGAUGGUGAAGGUAUAGAUGGCCAAAGCCUCAUGAUAAAGACCAAAAAACUGAUCAUUGAUGUGAUCCGGAACCAACCAGGAAACACAUUGACAGAAAUCUUAGAGACACCCGCAACUACACAACAGGAAACGGCUCAUGCCACGGACAUGGAGAGCCGUGCAAUUAAAGAUUCCAAGGCUCCAGAAGAAAUGAAGGAUGGACAGUCUAUGGUGGAAGAUGCACAGCUGCCCCUUGAGCAGAAGAAGAGGAAAAUCCAGAGGAAUCUUCGGACAUUGGAACAGAUGGGACACAUGUCAUCCACAAAUAAAUACCAGGACAUUCUCAAUGAGAUUGCCAAGGAUAUUCGAAAUCAAAGAAUCUAUCGUAAGCUUCGAAAAGCUGAAUUGGCCAAACUUCAGCAGACCUUGAAAGCACUUAACGAGAAGGCAGCAUUUUAUGAAGAGCAAGUUAAUUAUUAUGACACCUACAUAAAGACUUGCUUAGACAACUUAAAAAUAAAAAAUUCUCGGCGGUCAAUUAAACUGGACGGGAAAGGAGAGUCCAAGGGGAUGAAGAGGGCGAAGCCAGUGAGGUACACGGCUGCGAAGCUGCAUGAGAAGGGUGUGCUGCUGGGCAUCGACGACCUGCAGACCAACCAGUUUAAAAACGUUACAUUUGAUAUCUUAUCCACUGAAGACGUGGGCAUCUUCGAUGUCAAAUCCAAAUUCCUGGGCGUGGAGAUGGAAAAGGUGCAGCUCAAUAUUCAGGAUUUACUUGAGAUGCAAUAUGAAGGAGUCGCUGUAAUGAAAAUGUUUGAUAAGGUUAAAGUGAAUGUCAACCUUCUCAUAUACCUGCUGAACAAGAAAUUCUAUGGAAAGUGAAGUGCCUGCAGAAAUUUCGUGGAUUCGGUAUCACCUGGAUCGGGAAAUGAAUCUGUUUCAUAUUUUUGUUUUUAAACAUGAUUGGAAUCACUGCUCAUAAACGUGUGAUUUUUUUUUUAAGACCAAAACUGUUCCGAAGAAUGUACCCAUUGUGCCUUUUUGAUAAUUUGAUACUAUACUCGAACGACACACAAAGCGAAUUAAUGUAAACACUUCCACAUUAUACUGUGGAAUAGGUACUCUGAUUUAAAACUUUGGACAUUCUGUGAUUUGUGUUAAAGUAGGGAGAAAUGAAUUUAGCUGACGAGGGACAAAUGUGUAAACCUAUUUUCCUAUGAAAAAAUUUUAAGUGUCCCAUUUGAAUAAUGUAAUUCUUCAUAGAUUUUUUUUUAAUCUGUGAAGAAAUGGAGACCUAAUUAUUUGUAAUGAAUUAUUUAGACAGAUACUUAGUUCUAAGCCCUGUCUUCUGGGAGUUAUCAAUUUUAAAGAGAACUUUUGUGCAAUUUUAAAUGAAGUUUUUAUAAGUAAUUGAAGGUGACAAUAACACUUUCUGUAUAAAAGUAUAUAUUUUAUGUGAUUUAUUCCUACUAAAUGACGUGCACUAGUGCCUCAUGGUAAAGACUCUUGUACCCAGAGCCUGUAAGUGACUAAAGAACAUCGUGAAUAGCAAUUCUUAGGCCCCCACCUCUACCCUUCACAAUUUAUUUGAAUACUUCAAUUGUGCCUCUCAAUUUUUGUAAUGCAAUAAAAUCAGUAUUUAGAUGGUUUUUAAAUGUAUUCUUUGAAAAUUGUUUCAUGUAAAAUAAAUGUUACU